CUCCAAUCCGCAACUGUAACACGCAGUCAGGCCAUCGUGCUCUGGUCGGAUCCACCUUGGAUCUUCCGUGUCGCUAGGAUUGGUUCUGCCGCCCCUACCUUUCUGCUUCCUCCUGCCUCUAGCGUCCCAUCGUUUUUUCUGCCUCUGCACCCGCUGGCGAACUAGCGCCCUCGUUGCUGAGCAUCUGCUGCUGCUUGGUCCUGCAAUACGGCAAAUCCUUUGCUUUCCGAUCGCUCAAACUGGAGGAGGGGGCCCUUGGUCGUCUAUUGAUUGACGCCGACCGCAAAGACUAGUGAUAUCGAUUGCCUUGUCUAUCUAUCUGCUUGCGCUCGAUCCUCCAUUGACCCUAUCUCUUCUAUCUCGUGCUUUGUGACGCUGUUGAUGCUUUCGCAACCGUCGAUUGUCUUUCCCCUUUGCAAUUCGUCCCGAGCAAAAGCUUAGAUCAUCCAACUUCUUACGCACGCCUUCACAACUUGCUUUGCGUUCCAUCUACUUGGAGACUUCACUUGCCUCCCCCCUUUCUUGAAUUCCUUGACGCUUGCCUUCGGCGUUUCAUUCUCUACAGUCACUCCGGAAAAAAACUGAACCGAAAGGAAACAACGAAAGAAUCGAAAAAGCUCACGUCACCUUUGCCGCUGUACAGGACAUAUCGCGCUUUUGCCUCUUAACGCUCUCUCCCCCGACCGCUGGGAAAACCUGUCUCGCCGUCGAUCAGCGGUCGCAUUUUCCGACGACGGCACCCUUGUCGAUAUCCGAAAAGUCUUCUUUUCAUCCCUCCCAUCUUACUUGAGAUGAUGGCGGCAGCGCUUGAUCAACCCCUGUUCGAAUCAAUUGCGGGCCCUCCGGCCACCGACGCGGCUUCGAUCACUCCUCCCCAUAGCGCCAACGGCAAGAAGGAGGUCCCCGAUGGCGUCCCAUCGGAGCUGUCGGAUCUUGAGCUGGACCCGAAUGCCGCCGGAGUGCCGGAUAUGCCGUCGGUAGAGGAAGAGGAGGAGGAGAUUGAACCGGACCAUUAUUAUGGCGGCGGCAAAAUCCCCGUGUUCAAGCCAGUAAGUGACCUGGUCCGGUCAGAGUCUCGAAAUGUCUUCGGACAACAUCCGCUGACUUGCGAUGUCAAAGACAAUGGAUCAGUUCCGCGACUUCCAGCAUUUUAUCAACAAGGUGGAAAGCUACGGUAUGCGGUCAGGCAUCAUCAAGGUCAUACCUCCGAAGGAGUGGUAAGUCUGAUCUGGCGUCAUGGAAUCCGAAGAUAGCCGCUGAUUGUCGCUUUCUUUCAGGACCGACUCCCUUCCUCCCCUCGAUGAAGCUGUCAAGAAGAUUCGCGUGAAGAAUCCGAUCAUGCAGGAAUUCCACGGCUCGCACGGAACCUACACCCAGGCCAAUAUCGAGCGACAAAGGUCUUACAAUCUGCCUCAGUGGAAGGGGCUGUGCGAGGAAAGCAGUCACCAGCCGCCUGCCCGCAGAGGCGAGAGGCGCCGCAACCAGGAGCGAGUCAACCGUGCUCCGCCGGCUCCCAAGUCACAGACCGCGCGGUCCGAUUCUCAGAAACGUCGCCCAGGCCCCGGACGCCCCCCAAAACGAUCGAACCAGGUCAAGGUGAAAGAAGAACCGAUUGAGGAAGGACUUGAAAAGAUCAAACCCGAAGGCCCGCCGACUCCGGUGUCCCCGGAAUCGAAUCCGGUCGAAGCGAAGACGGAGGAAUUGAGUGACGGAGAGUCUCUGCCCGCGCCCAAGCCUAAGGGACGACAGCCCAAGUCCGUGACCUCGCGGAGGAAACACAACAAGGGUGAUGCGAUCGACCACGUCGACGAGGAAACCUUCCGAAAUUUCGACUACCGCAUCCAUGACCAUGAAGACUACACGCAGGAACGAUGCGAGGAGCUCGAAACCGCCUACUGGAAGUCCCUGAUGUUCAACAACCCCAUGUACGGUGCGGAUAUGCCCGGAUCGCUCUUCGACGAGAAUAUCACGACGUCGUGGAACGUGGCCAAGCUGCCCAAUCUCCUGGAUGUUCUGGGACAGAAAGUACCUGGUGUCAACACCGCAUACCUCUACCUGGGGAUGUGGAAGGCCACCUUUGCCUGGCAUUUGGAAGAUGUGGAUCUCUACAGUAUCAACUACAUCCACUUCGGUGCCCCGAAACAGUGGUACAGCAUCUCGCAGGAGGAUGCCCCUCGCUUUGAACAGGCCAUGAAGAGUAUUUGGACCAGCGAUGCAAAGAACUGCGACCAGUUCCUUCGACACAAGACCUACCUUGUUUCUCCUAGUCUCCUCAAGUCCCAGUACGGCAUCACCGUGAACCGGCUGGUCCAUUACGAGGGCGAGUUCGUCAUUACCUACCCAUAUGGAUAUCACUCCGGAUACAAUGUGGGAUACAACUGUGCCGAAUCCGUCAACUUCGCUACGGAGAAGUGGCUGGACUACGGUCGCGUCGCUAAGAAAUGCCACUGUGAAGCCGACAGCGUCUGGAUCGACGUCGACGAGAUCGAACGCAAACUGCGAGGCGAAGCAACCCCAGACUACUACUAUGGCGAUUUCGAAAGUGACCUGGACGGAAUGGAGGGAGCUUCGGAUCUCUUGACUCCACCACGCAGUGUCCCGGAGAAAACCCGUGGUCGGAAGCGAAAGCACGACGGUGAAACCACCAAGGCCAAGCGCAUGCGGGUCAAUGUGGAGCUCCCGAGAAAGACCCCCUGCGUCUUGUGCCCCAACAAUCUCGAUUACGAGGAUCUUCUGCCGACCGAGAAUGGAGAGUCCCACGCUCACCGGCGCUGUGCGUUGUACAUCGAGGAGACCAGUAUUCUCCGCGAUGAGUCCGGUAAGGAGGUGGUGUGCGACAUUGACAAGAUCCCCAAGGCGCGGAUGGGCCUCAAGUGCCUGUUCUGUCGCGAAGUUCGCGGGGCUUGCUUCCAGUGCAACUUUGGUAAAUGCACGCGGUCCUACCACCCCACCUGCGCUCUCCUUGCCGGCGUCCAAGUGGAACAGGGUCUGGUCGGCGUGAUCGCAGAUGACGGCAAUCAGUACUCUAUCCCUAGCGUCGAUCUUAAGUGCAAGUAUCAUCGGCAGAAGAAACCCACGUGGAUGACCGGCUGCGAAACGCCCGAUCAGGACCGUAAGCUGAUCGAAUCGGCGCAACGGCUGGUGGCCGGCGAGCUGGUGCAAUUCCAAGCCGACAAGGAAAUCAACGGGGCGGUGGUCCUGGAGAACCGACCGAGUGAGCGGACAUUGAUGGUUAAAGUGCUGCCACGAGGGGAUGUAAUCGAGUUACCGUACCGGUGGAUGCUUGUCGUCCGACGGAGCAAUUUUGCAGUGCUAGUACCAGGUACCCAGCCGCUGCCUGCCCACCUGGCUCGGAAGCCCGAAGGCCGGAAGGAGUUGGAAUCGGCGGUGCCGGUGGCAGGCAAUCCAUUUGGCGAUGAGCGAUCUCCGUAUCAGUGGGCCGAGUUCGAGACGGUCGACAACGCUAAUCCACGAGCCCCACCAUCGGGCAAGGUUGAUUUGGACAAGAACGAACAGAUCUGGUAUUAUCUGGGUCCCUCGUCCACCGAAUGUAGGGCUCAGUAUACGCACAACCCUAGCGUGUCCGUCCACAACCCGCGGUCGAAUUUCCUGGACAGCGUUAAGUCCCUUGGCGCCGUGAUGGCCCGACUCCCCUCCUCUGCCUACCCCCACCAUCUGCCGGUGGUGCCUCCUUAUGCAGUGGCUUCUGCUGCUGCUGCUGCUGCUAAGGCUGCCCCUCCUUCUCACCAAUACCACCGCAAUAACCACCUCUCACCUGCCACCGCCACGUCCACCACUACCGUCUCCGCCGCCGCCGCUGCUGCUGCUGCUGCUGCCACUUCUUCCCGCCCUUCCCUGUUGCAGCGCUCUCUUGCCCCUCCUCCUCCUCGUGCUCCCGCUACCUCUGCUGCUGCUUCUCUUACUGCGAUGCCGUCGGCCUAUCGAUCCCUGCCAACUAAAACUGCCCGCCAUGCACCGUAUCCUCAAUUUGCCAAGUCUCAUCAGUCCUCCCCCCACCUUUCUCAGCAGCAAACUAACGGCCAUCACCCUCAUCAUCCGCCACCUCAGCAGCAGCAGCAGCAGAAACCUCAACACCUCCCCGCCAAUACCUUCGCCAACGUUCGUGAACUCGUGGCUCGCCGCCGGCUGACCCAGAUUACCGACCAUGCCAAUAUCUUCGCCGGGUAUACCAUCGUCAGCCCCGAGGUGGUCGUUGAGUCAUUGAUGGGACCCAUGGGCUCCGUGCCGCCGCCCAAUGGUCUGGAAAAGUUGGAGCUCGCCAUGGCCCAACAGCGGGUGCAGUCUCGAGCCUCGGACGGGACAUUACAACCGGUACAGCCGUUGAACAUGCGUUCGGAGGAGGUGAACCGGUUGUUGCAAAUGCUCCGGUUCUCGCUCGUCAGCUAUCUGGAACGUCUGGACGUGCUGCAGAAAAAGGAGUCGGAAAAUAGCAAACUCCCGGCGGUCAACGGGAACGGUGCUGCCAAGUUGCCCCGCAAAUAUGCAUACCUCGAGCAACAACAGGAGCAGGUUCCGGCGGUGUACCUGUCGCCGUACGACAUGCCGUCCGGGUUCACCGAGCAUGCCCAAAAGACGUUCGGACUGACUCCCUGCCAGCCCGAGCUGCCGAAACCGUCGCUCGCCAACGACUAUUUCGCCGGUCUGUCGCCCGAGGACCAAGAGAAAAUCCUGAAGACAUGUGGCAGUUUCGUGCAACGGGCCAUCGAGCGGUCCACCAGUCAUAGCCGGCAAAGCUCCGCCUCCAAUUUCCGAUUGGCAUCGGCACUGGCCCAGCAGACCGAGAAUCCGACCAUCGACAUCACGACGGUUGAGGACAUGCCCCUGUCGGGCUUGGACUUCCCCUUGCAUGCGGACUCGCCCUGUUCAAGUUUCAGUCGGUCGCAUCUGCGGUUCCAGUCUCCCAACGACUUCACCAACCACGGGACCGAAGUGCAUCACGAUCACCACGACCUGUUUGGCGACCAACAAGCGAACACACGGUUUUGGCAACAUGGGCCAUGGGCGGCCGGCGACGGGAACACUCCCAACGAAGAGACCCGACCGUUCUUCGGUCCUCACGAACGCCUGAAGCAUGACUAUGCCUCGUCAGAUAUCUCACUGGGGCGUGGCGGCCCGGGUUCUCUGCAUUCCGUCGACAUGGCCGGGUUCGGACUGGACGGUACGGACGACCUCUGUAACGUUCUCAGCCCUUGACACCUCUGGUCACUGUUUCAAAAAGAAAAUAACGAAACUUGCUUCUGUAUUUGCAUGCCGGCGACCGAAAAAAGCUGCUUCAUCUUUUCUUACCCAUGUAACGAUUUAACUGGAUUGACGACUGCAUGACUGGGCGUUUUCUGUUCUUCUUGUGCCUUUUUGCUUGAUGGUGAUCACCGAUCACUGUUCUCUCAUCAUUCUCUUUCUUCCCGCCGGUGUUUUUUCCCUUAUUCCACGACGGAGUUGAUGCUAGCUGGCUGGUUACGACUCGGACCGAGACUUGGUGUGUUGCAAUCUGCUCUCGGCCUUGUUCUCUCGUUGAUACAAUUAUUGUCUUCCCCCAUUCCCUCUCCUAUUGGCGAGGAGGUCUCAAAGAUAUGGAAAAGACCACGGCCUGACUCUGGGGCAUUGGGGGGAGAAUAGCCCGCAAAUGGCGGUGGGAAAGGACCAGGUGGCAGCCAUGGUUGAUGCCCGGGACUGGCCCACUGUGACCCAACGUCUCCUCCCUUGUGCCGUCUUGUUGUCUUGGGUCCCGCCGUCCUUCGAGAUCCUAUCUUGGAUUUCCUUGUUUCCUGUUACUCCCUUUCUCUUCCCCGUCCCCUUCCUCAGCUUCCUCCCCCACUUCCCUUGCACCUUGUUUCUAUCCUCGACACCAAACCACCAUUAGGGCCUACUUCCGCCCUCGCCCGUACAUUAGAGAUGUUCCCAUCAUCCAGCACAGCCAGCAAGAAAAAGAAAAAAAUCCCGAAAGACAAAAGAGAAAAAACAUUAUACCGAAUGAAAUUCACUUUCCUCCAUCGAAUCAAUCUGCGGCUUGUCCUGGCUCUCUAUGUGCAUAUGUACCCUUCCCGAUUUGACGUUUGAUACCCCCCUGUUCCCUGUGCCAACACCCACCUUCCUCUGACCGGGCAUACUUUCUUUUGAACAUGAACCUGACGUUGAUCUUGGCGCUCAUCGAGGUCCAUCUACGCGACCGAGCAUCGAUGUGGCAGCCGUCACUCGCCGAGUGACCUGCGAUGUAUGUUGGCGAAUCCAUAGUCGCAUCAUUAGUUGUGAAUGCAAGAAUUGAACUGCACUUUGGGGCUUUGACUGUAGAAGCUGUAGAUUAACUAGUUAUUGUUCUUCCGUAGGUUCCUUCGCCAGACUAAUAAGUCGGAAGAGGUCAAUCAAGUGGCAUCGGAAGAAUAUCGGUUAAGUAAGAGAAAUGAAAGAACUGGGGCGCCGAGUGGUGCCUUUGCCUAUUCUUAUUUCCCCGCAAGACACGGGUCGGGGCGCCUCCAUGGGGAAUCUCCGACUGCAGACUCAGAAGACGAAGUGAAGAGUCAAGGUGAC